AUGCCUUUAACUCGGUCGGCUAGAGAACUUGGCAUUGGCAGGCGAUUCUUUAAGAUUAUGCUGCCUGGUUUUCAUACUCUACUUGUAUGCUUUCCAAUUCUCAGACAUCAAUUAGUUACACCUAGCUUUUCUGCAAUUCCGCCAGCUUUCUGCAGGCGCCUAAGAGGAGAGAGAUUGGAGGAAGCAAUCCUGACAAGUUGCAAGGGAUCAUGGCAUGUCAAAGUUGGCAAAUGCGACAAGGGCCGAUUUUAUUUUGAAAAAGGCUGGGACGAGUUUGUGCAAAACCAUAAUUUGAAUGUUGGAGAUUUUCUUGUAUUUGAACAAAAGGGACAAAUGUUCUUCAAUGUGGUAGUGUUUGAUCGAAGUGCAUGCGAGAAAGAGUUCACUGUUGAGUUGGCUAAGGAUAAGAAGCAAACAUCAAAAGUAAACAUUGACAAGCCCCUCAAUUGUAGUGAUGGAGUGACCAUGAAAGAAGAUGAAUCAAAGGCCAAGAACACAAAAACACAGAGCAAGUUUUGUGGAAAGAGGACGACUUCAGAAUCUGAGACCGCACGACGAAGUCCAGCUAAGAAGGAAAAGACCAUGAAAAACCAGGAGAAGCCAAAGAAGCCUCUAAGCGCCUUUGUGUUCUUCUUAGAUGAUUAUAGGAAGCAGUUCAAGGAAAUACAUCCCAAGAAAACUCCCCUUGUUGUAGUCACUAAAGCUGGUGCAGACAAAUGGUAUUCAAUGUCUGAGGAUGACAAAGCACCCUACAGAGCUAAGGUUGAGAAAAUGAGGAGUGAAUACAGGGAGAGAAUUUUUGCUGGCAUACAAAAGGCAGCGAAGAUUGAAGAACCCGAAGAGUUUUUUGAGUUGAGCAGCGGCGAUGACGAAUAA